AUGACGAAUAUUUUCGGUUCUAAAUUGCCAAGUUGGGCCCAUGUUUCCAAUUCAGGAUAUCAAAAUAGCAUCCAACAAGAUCCAAUCGAAACAACCUACUAUCGACUACAGCUCAGAUAUGCAGAACCAUUACGACAAACCUGGGUUGAGAAACUCGAACAACCCAAACAGAUCUUGGAGCAACUAUCUCUGGCUGCUUAUCUUAUUGAACUCUGGCGAGGCAUGUAUGGCGCCAUUCCAAAAGCAGAACAAGAAAACCUCCAACCAAAGAGCAAUGGGCCAUUUCCGGGGUUUGUGAGCCUAGCUUGUGGAAGUGGUAUCCUCGUAUACGUGCUUCUUAUGGAAGGAUACAAGGGGUCAGGCUUUGAUGCGCGCCGUCGCAAAACCUGGGAGACAUAUCCCGUCAACGUACAGAAUUGCCUGGAGGAGAGGAUAUACAUCCCUCGACCUUUCUUGGAUGCCAUAGAUUCUCAAGAUUUCGAAGCGAAAAUACAUACGGGCGACUUUCCGGCUGAUACCUUUAUCGUCUCUGAUCAUACGGACGAAUUGACAGUGUGGACUCCACUUAUGGCUGCCCUUGCUAGUCCGUCGUCUCCUUUGCCGUUCUUCAUUAUACCCUGUUGUUCUUGUUCUCUUUCUGGUGCUCGGUACCGUUUUCCUCCGAAGACAGGCGAGACGAGUACGAAGGCUGAAAGGCACGUGGAGCAGAACCCUCAACCGGCUUCUGGUGAUUUGCGAUCUCUUCGAGCCACCAAGAACGAGCAGAGGACCGACCGUGGAUUUGGGAAUUCUAUGGUUGGGUCUCUCACUGCUAAAACGAGAGAUAUUGCCGAGGAAGUUGGGUUUGAGGUGGAGGAGACAUGUCUCAAGACCCCCGGUGCUAUUUCCAGGGCUUUGAUCGGAAGAAAGCAGCAGGCAACAAAUUUGGCCGAAACGAGUCCCAGCCAGACGUCAGUGCUAGCAGAUCAGAUUGCCCAAAUCAUUGAACGUGAAUGCAUUAGAGAUGGAGGAGUUCAGGCUGCUGCCAAAAUCUGGAUUGAACAGGCAGAGGACCUUCAUCGGCAACAAAGAGAGUGA